AUGUCGCAUUUCCUCGGCACGCCUUCGCACUCGCGCGUCUGGGCUCUUAAGCAUUCCGAGAACUUGACAGCGUGGAAUUGUGCUAAGGAAUCGCGCAAAAGGCUGCUCUCGGGUCCAACCGUGGACAUCUACGUAGGAAAGGAAAGGAAGCAUUGGAGUCUACAUGAGAACCUCCUCUGUCACCACUCUUCCUACUUCGAGACCGAGUUCCAGGGCCAUGAAGUCCCCAAGAAGGAGCAUCAACCGAGCCACAACAGUUUGGAAUUGCCAGAUGACGAUCCGCACGGCUUCGAGUUGCUGGUGAAAUGGCUAUAUCAGGGUCACCUGGAUGAUGCAUCGCAUAUGACCGACGAAGACAAAUACGACUACGCGGUAGCUUGCCACAAGCUUUAUAAGCUAUGCGACAAGUUCGACAUGAUCCAGGUCAAGAACCUAGCCAUGGACUCCUACCGGCAGAAUCUCCAUGCCGCGCAGCUCGUGCCUGAUGCAGAAGAGAUCAACGACAUCUACCGCGCAAGUCCUCGCGGCAGCCCUUUUCGCAAGCUGAUGACAAAGAUCGCCGCACGGCAGAUCAUGGAUCCUGGAGUGGACAAGGAUGCAGAAACAUAUCGUGCGUGUUUUGACGGCAACCCAGACUUUGCCGUGGACAUGGUCAACGAAAUCCGACAUAUGUCUGGCGGCAUGUUGUUUGACGAUCCUACGAAAGAGGACGAGUGCAUGCAGUGGCACGACCAUCGAGACGGCAGCCGGUGCCAUCUCAAGAGCCGUGGGAAUGUGUAUGCUAAUCAAGGAGCACAUCGGACGCCGAAGUCCUCCGCCAUGAAGAAAGCACAGCAAACACCUAUGGCGGAGCUUUCUGCACGGCCGACGCCACGGAAAUUGAACGUGCCCAACCAGCCUCCGGCAACGCCCAGGACCCCGUCCACAAAGCGGCCUCCAACUCCAAAGGGCAGCGCUACUCAGCAGUCAUCUGCAAAGGCUGCUAAGCCCUCGACCGAGGGCAAAGCUGACGCUGUCAGCGCUUCAGCUCAGUCACCAAAGACCAAGGUCAAAUCUGAUUUGAGUGAGGCUAGUCACAGGCCGAACGGUCUGAAACGGGUUACCAUUCGACCUCAUCCAAGCUCUCGACUUUACAUGAUCGGGACAGAGCCUUCAACAACAAGCUCGACCGCCGCCCCGUCGGAUCGUCUGACGAACGGGCAUGAGAGCACAUCAGAUCAAGCCAGUAGCACAACCAGUGCGCCCCGCAAAAUGAGCCAUGUAAACGGCAUGGUUUUGCAGCUCGACGGCAUCAACGGAUCAAGUGCACCAAGUCUGGCAGAUACGAACGAUGCGAAUGUCAAGAAAGCGCCACCGAAGUUGAAAAGGAAGGCUCCUGGUUAA